AUGUCCAUCCAGUCCGCCAUCUCUAAGCUGCGAUCUCCCGUUCGGGAUUUGGUCAAUGCCGUCACUCGCGAAGGGCAAGAGCUUGGUGGGCAAAACGAGGCUGACGAGAAAGAAGUUGUAGGAUGGAUUGAAAAAACAAGCCAAGGAACAUUGGUGAACGAAAACAAUCUCAAGGAUCUCGAUGCUUUACUUGUGCCGAAAACAUACAUUGCCACCAACUACCUCACUGCAGCUGAUAUUGCUCUAUAUGGAGAGCUACAUCCAUUUGUUGCCAAACUACAACCCUCUGAGUACUAUGCGGUUCCAUCUUUGACUCGCUACUUCGAUCACAUCCAAUCAGGUGCUGCCGUUCGCGCAUCUGCAGCAUCCUUGAAUGAUGCUUUCAAGAAAAUAUCCUUCGAUCUUGAUAACGCACCUCAAUUGGAGAGAAAGGCUGAACCUUCCAAGAAGAAAGACAAAGCGCCCAAACCUCCUGUAGACAGUACUUCGCACAAGGUUUCUACUCCCAAUGCUGAAGAAUCGUCCACAUCCACCUCUACCCCUUCCGUCGAAAAACAGAAAGAGAAAAAAGAGAAAAAGAAGGGAGCCGUAUCCGAGGCAGGUGGAAGCAAGGAAGGGAAGAAAGGCGGUGUCGCGAAAACCCAGCCUGCAGAAGACGCGGAACCAUCGCCAUCCAUGAUUGACCUCCGAGUAGGACAUAUCGUCGACGUCGUCAAGCAUCCUGAUGCUGACGGAUUGUACGUCGAGCAAAUUGACCUUGGGGAAGAAACUGGUCCUCGUACAGUUGUAUCAGGUCUUGUCAAUUAUAUCCCAAUUGAACAGAUGCGGGAUAAGUACCUUGUAGCCGUUUGCAACUUGAAGCCUGCCAAUAUGCGUGGGGUCAAAAGUUUUGCCAUGGUUCUUUGUGCAACCUCCAAGGACGGCAAAGAUGCUGGAAUUGAAUUGAUCCAACCUCCAGUAGGAUCUAAACCCGGUGAUCGAGUUUACUUCGAAGGCUCAGAAUACGAAAAUGCCACCCCACUUUCUCAACUCAAUCCCAAGAAAAAGAUCUUUGAAACUGUACAACCAGGGUUCAUCACUUUAGACACCAAAGAAGCUGCAUGGGUCAACCCAACAACGAAAUCUGUACACAAAAUCCGCACUGCAAAGGGAGUUUGUGUCGCCCCGACAUUAAUCGGUGCCUCAUUAUCCUAG